AUGAAAAGAUCAUUAGAAGAAAUAAAUGAUUUAGGUGAAGCAAUAGCUGUAAAGUGUUAUAAUAAAUUUGAUCAGUUAUUAUCUCAUGGAAAACCUUCAUCAAAUGAAUGGACUCAUUUAGCAGCUUUUGUAUCUGUUAAUGACAAUAAUCAAAUUGAAAUUCUUUCAAUAGGUACAGGUACAAAAUGUUUAGGCGGUGAUAAACAAGAACGUGGAACAGAAGGUUGUUUAUUACAUGAUUCGCACGCUGAAGUUAUUGCAAGAAGAGCUUUAAUGAGAUUAUUUUAUGAAGAAAUUCUUAAUGAACAUAAUUCAAUUUUAAUUAAACAAGAUAAAAAUAAAUUUUAUUUGAAUAAAUCACUUCGUCUCUAUUUAUUUGUUUCCUAUGCACCUUGUGGUGCAGCAGCAUAUUUAUCAGAUCCAAUAAAAAGACCAAAACUUGAACAUAAAAAUUUAAAUUCAAUUGGAGAAGAACUUUAUUUAAAACCAGGAAAAGGUUAUGCAACAACAAGUCUUUCAUGUACAAAUAAAAUUAAUCGAUGGAUUUAUCAAGGUCUUGCAGGAAAUCUUUUAAAUCAAUUAAUAAUAUCAUCAAUAAAAUUAACUGGUCUAAUUAUACAAACAGACAAAGAUCUAUCGUCAAUAUUUAAAAAUAUAGAUGUUAUUUGUGUAAAUAAUCAAUUUUCUUAUGGUCCAUCAUUAGAAAGAAUUCGUCCUUGUUCAAUGUCAAUUGCAUGGUGGUUCAAUCUUUCUUUAUCAUCUUCAUCAAUAACAGUUGAUGGAUAUUUAUUAGGAUUAACGAAAAAAAAUCGGCACAAACAAAAAUAUGCAAGUCCAUUAGCAAAGUGUUCUUUAUUUAAACUUUAUCUUCAAUUAAUGGACAAUUUAUCAUCAACAGAAACAAGUUAUGCUCAUGCGAAAACUCUUUCAUCGAAUUCAUUAACAGAUCAAUUCAUGUUAAAUAAUCCUCAAUGGAUAAGAACUGAUCCAAAUAUAUUCUAUGCAUUUACACUUUCUUCUUCGACAAAUUCAUCAUCCUAA